UUGGAGACACCGGCCGGUACCGACGGCCGUCGCGACGCUCCGCGACGCGUGUGUGCGUUCGUCCGUGUGCGUCCCCCGUUCGCGUUGAGGUGGAGAGGUAAAAAGGGAGUGCAAAGAGGAGAAAGCCCCGGCUGCGGCGAGAGGAGGCCGCGUCGUGCGACAGAGGAGAUCAGCGGGGUUCAUGUGAUCGGUUGUCGCAGCAUCGGUUUACCGCGUUGUGACGAGUGUCUCGGACCGGUGCGUCUCGAAUCGCCUGGUGCUAGUAGUCGCGAGUAAUUAGUGAGUCGGCAGAUCGAGAGAUAGAGAGAGAGAGAGAGAAAGAGAGUGUCUCGCGUGUGCUGCGUAGUGAUCGACAGGUUCCGCUGGAGCAUGCGACAGUAAGGACUUAUCGACCCCAGCGACGUGCAUGUUUAUCGCUGGACAAUGGCUGGACUACGCCACGUCUGCCGGCUCUUCGUCAUCUUGGGAUACCUGUCGGUCGUUCCGGUGCUCGCCCAGAACCCCGUGGAGGAGAAGACCACCUUCGAGGCUGCUUUCCAAGGAAGAUGCGGGCACGGAUCGCCCUGCGAGCAGCUCUGUUACGAACUCCACGACGGCAUGUACGAGUGCGACUGCAGGGACGGCUACAUACUUCAUAAAAAUGGAUACAGCUGCGCCGAACUCAACUCGACAUCGCCAUCGACGAGCGAGCUCGACGACCUCGUUGACGAGGCCGAGAGCGACGAGGCAAAUGCGGACAACGCGGAUGACGAGGAUGCGGUCGAAGACAUCCUUUAUAUGCGCGGUGCCACCUUCACGAUACAUCUGGACGCCCCAGCCGAGAAUUCCACCGUGAACGCGACGAAGAUAAACGAGGCGAACGGCGCGGAUCGGAUCGAGCUGCGCGCCACGUCUCAGGGCCCAAAUCUGGAGCAAAAACUGCCAUCCACAAUGGAGAGUAUCGUGAGCACUGAGCCAGCGUGUUCCCUGGACUGCGGACCGGCUGGAAAUUGUUAUAUCGAGCAAUCUCGCGGAGAUGAAGUCGAUGUGGUGAUCGAAGACGACGACGGAGCCGUGGAUCUCGAGGGCAAUACCGUGAACUUCAGACGAAAGCAAGGAACGUUCAGACAAAGAUGCCAGUGUCCUCUCGGAAGAGGCGGCGAUCGUUGUCAGCUCGAAGCUGAAGUGAGAUCGCCACGUUUCACUGGUUCAGGCUGGCUGGCUUUUCCCGCAUUAAGGGCCGCUUACAAACAUGUUCAAUUAGAACUGGAAUUUCGACCAGAAGCAUGGGACGGGGUGCUUCUCCUAGCGGGAGAACGGGACGAUCUUCAGGGUGACUUCAUGGCCUUGAUAUUGCACCAUGGUUUUAUCGAAUUCAGGUUCGAUUGCGGCAGCGGUGUGGGCACCGUGAGGAGCACGGAAACGGUGAAGCUGAAUGAGUGGAACACCCUGAGUGUCUACAGACAUCGAUGGGACGCCUGGAUCCAGCUGAAUCAGGAGAAGAGGGUGGAGGGACGAUCGAAGGGCUUGUUCUCGAGAAUUACGUUCCGCGAGCCGCUCUUCGUCGGCGGACCCGGAAACACGACCGGUUUGGAGCGACUUCCGGUGAGGACCGGAUUUAAGGGCUGCAUCCGGCAUUUGGAGGCGAACGAGCACCGUUAUCGCUUCCCAUUGGCCCCGCAGGGCGACGCCGCGAAUGGAUUCGACAUCGAGGAGUGCACGGCCGACAGGUGCAGUAAGGUGCCGUGUUCCCACGGUGGAAAAUGCCUGACAACCGGAGGCGACACGGCUGUCUGUCUCUGCCCGCUCGGCUACACGGGCGAUCUCUGCGAAACCCGAGUGGAUCUGCAGGUUCCAUCCUUCAACGGAUCCUCUUACCUACGUUAUCCGGGAUUGGCGGACACGUCGCUGUCGUGGCUGGAAUUGUCCGUCACGUUAAAACCGACCGCGCCGGACGGCGUGAUACUCUACAACGGCCAUCACAGCGACGCGACCGGUGACUUUAUUGCUCUCUAUCUCUCCUCGGGCCACGUGCAGUUCACCUUCGACCUCGGAACAGGACCUGCCACUUUGAGAAGCGAAAAUCCGGUUCGUCUUGGCGAAUGGGUCGAAGUUCGGGUUUCCAGGACAGGUCGUUUGGCAUCCCUAGAAGUUGAAGACGGCCCGGCCCAGGAAAUCCUGGCGCCCGGAGCGUUCACGCAAUUAUCCUUACCGCUGAACCUCUAUUUGGGCGGCGCGCCGUCCCCCGACAUGUACUCGCCGAAGAUGAAAACUACGGCCAGCUUCGUCGGCUGCAUUCAGACGAUCGUGCUGAAUAAUCGCGAGGUGGGCAUCCUAGCCGAGGCGCUCGGCGGGGUGAACGUGGGUAACUGCGGGCACGCGUGCGAGGCCAGACCGUGCGGCGACGCGGAAUGCCGGCCUCUCCGCGAGCGAUUUACCUGCCGGUGCCGACCAGGAGUACCGCACCCUUGUCCCGCACCGGACGACUACACGCCGUUGAUCCCGCCACCGGCGAGAGCCAGCAGCAACGCCGUCACGCCCGUGAGAUACGAGAGGGCUGUACCCAGCUUCACCGGCAGCGAGAGCUACCUGCAUUAUAACGACGCCGACACGAUGAAAAGGAUAAUCAGCUAUAGGGUAGAUAUCAAUAUGCGAUUCCGCGCCAGCAGCAGCUCCGGCCUGCUGCUGUGGAGCGGCCGCCAGUCGGAUCCUCAGGAACAAAGGGACGAGAACGACGACUUCCUCGCCCUCGGGCUGGAUCAUGGCUAUCUCACUCUCGCGUAUAAUUUGGGUUCCGGGGAAGCCGUGCUACGGUAUAAUCUAACGCGAUUGGAUGACGAUCUGUGGCAUCGUAUCAGGGCAGUUAGAAACGAGCAAUGGGCAUCUCUCGUGGUAGACAGUGGUACUGGCGUCUCAGCAUCUUCUCCGGGGCAACUGAGACAACUGAACACCGAUACCGGUCUUUACGUUGGCGGUGCACCGGAUAUCGUGAGGACAACGGGAGGCAGAUACACAAAAGGCAUCGUGGGUUGCAUCAGCGACCUCGUGCUGGACUCGGACUUCUCCGUCGCUUUGUCCUCGCCCGCACAGGCAACCAACACACACUCAUGCAUCCCCUGAAAGAGAGAUAUCCGUGCCGUCCGACGUCAGGUGGUGUUGUCGGGUCCAUCCCGAAGCUAGGAUAUGAAAAUUUAAGGAUAACGUAUCGCACCGCGGUGAAAUAGCCGCGGCAGAUAGUGCUCCGCGGAAAGUGUGCAUCUGUGUCUCUCGUGCAUCCACGUGCGGCCGCGCGUAAUGUCCUGCGCGCGGCUCAUCAUUUUUGUACAGACUCAUCCUUCCACAGGUGGAACUCUCGAGAAGAUGGAGAUCGAGCGGGUCGGCAACCGUCGUGCGCGGCCAUCGACUGGUAGGCGGCUUUACUGUAAAUAUUAGGGCGAUAUCCGAGAUACAGAGCGGAGAUAUCUAUCAAUUUGCCUCGCGGCAUUAAUCCUUGGCGCUGCGACUUCCUGCCGAGCCUUACGCUCGGCCGGCCUUACAAGGUUCGAUCGAAAGCGUCGCGUAAACGAGACAACGAUAAUGAUUCUCCGACAAAGUUAUGGGGCAUUAAAAAUGAUGUUCGUUUCCUCAUGACGUCGUUAAACGAUUGCAACCGUUCGUCAUAUCGAAGCUCAUUGCAUUGUCUUAUUUACCCGAAAGUCACAACUACUCCACUUGAUCGUGCUUCUCGAGAACUGAGAGAGAAACUGGUUUUAAGCACAACCGUUUGUGUAAUUUGUAAGAUUAUUUUCGACACCAACUAAAAUGAUAAUUAAGAAGUGAUAACUAAGAGAAUAUGGAAAAUAUUAAAUAUACAAUCGAAAUAUCGAAGUAACAUAUCCAUUUUUCACAAAAAUGUCGCUGCUAAUAAGGGUUGGGAGUAAGUUAACGCAAUCGUGCACGGUAAAAUAAUACUUUGAUGUACAAUUAAACUAAACAAGUAAGACAGCUUUUCUACUUCCAUUCUUCGUAAGUAAUUAUCGCUAAGCAAUUCUUGAUUGGGUUAAAAAGAUAAAAUUUCGCCUCGCCCCACGGUCGCUGGUACUUUUUAAUUUAUUUCUUUAUCUAAUUAAGAUUUAAAUACCGAGGAUGUUACUAAAAUUCCAGCGAAAGGACGCGAAGCGAGCGUAAACGUUGUAAUGAAAAAAAUAGAGAGACUAAUCCGAUUUAUUAAUUAAGUGAAAUUUAUCAAUUAUUGCUGUGUAAUGUCUGCGCUGUUUUACGCGCAAGAGUCGCGAGAGAAGUUUCUUAUCGUUAAAUUUGCAGUAUUUCCCACUUUUACAGAAUUACAAUAAAGUUGAUGAUGAUUGCACUAUCUUUAAAUCACGUUAGGCGAAGAUUAUUCAAAUUAAAAUUCCGCGGAAAUUUUUGCAAUCGUUUCCUAAAAAAAAAAGUCAAUGCUCGUGCCGCGGUAAAUUAUAACCUUUUACUCAUGUCUGUUCUUAAAUUGAGUCAAAGGUGAUUUAAAACGGUAAUUGAUUAAAUUAAAAUUGGCAGCAAUUACGUUUCAUUUUCGCUCGGACUAGGAAAAGUGAAAAGCGAAUCGAACUAAAACUUUCUUAUCUGACACUCGUGAUUAAACCACACCGUACUAUUAAUAAUUUCAACUUUACCCAUAGCUGCGUAUUAAUAGUCGCCUCUCUCGAAAAUUGUUUCGUAAUUAAAUUCGCGCGAAUUAGAUUACUACUUGUAAUAAAAUUUAUUAGUAAUAACAAUGUCUAUCGUGACGAUAGUGGAGUCAAUGAAGCGACGAGAGUGCAUUAGUUUAACGCUCUACAAAAUCAGGACUUCAUUCAAGAAGGAAUCUUGUAGCAACGCUUACUUUACGCAAACGUGAUAUGAGAGGAUUGAGAUUCGCGCGAGAAUGUGCGUAGCAUCCAUAAGGAAGAAAGGAAAGGGAAGUCGUUGCACCAGGAUAAUGCCCGGCCGGAUAUAAAAUUUGACGGAGCGCGUCUCGAAGACGGCUUUCGGCCUAAUAAGAUAAAAGUAUGUAGAAAAAGCAACCCCUCCGCGUCAAUUUUGAUUAUUCCCUCCGACCGGAUGUUAUCUUCGACACGAGGUGUCAUAACCUUCGAUCUUUACGAGUUCAAAGCAUUCAGCAAUUAUCGAGAAAAUCGGGGCGCGCCUGGAUCGGCGCUCGAUAAAGCCUCAAUUGAGGGAGAAUUCGAAUGGGGAAUUCAGGGAGAGAAGCACGAGAGAGAGAGAUGGAUAUUACUUUAAAAACAUGAAAAUUUUCUCGCAGAGUUAAUUACGUUUAUGUCUGCGUAACGUUCUAUACUUGUUUUUGCUGUACGCUGCUUUAAUUCUUUCUAAAACUGAUUCCUGCCUUUACGUUUCUCUUUUAAAUAUUAAAAAAAAUUUUUUUUUUAAUAACGUUAUUAUAAUUUUAAUUCACAUUUUUACCUUACGUUCCUUUGAACAAUUAUAUUCUUCAUAAAAAUAUGAUAAUGUAUGUGAAAUUUCUUUUAUAAAGAAAAUGCAAUCAGCAGAAUUACAUGAUUGGUACGCUAGCAAAAUUUCGCAACUCAAAAACGACACCGCGUCACUAUUGUAAUGCCGGGGGGAAAAAAAACUGUCUAGCGCCGGUCCAGGCAGUGUGUGCUCGCUGCUCCUACGAAUCAUUGCGUACCGCAACUUUUCUAAUGAUCUUAAGAAUCAUCACGAUCUUUUUCUAGCAGCUAAGUCACAAGCGCAACUACGAGCACGAGUUUUAGUUCCACGACGAUAUCGUUGAUAUUGUGAUUGAUACGAGUAACUACUAAUAAAAAUAAGAGAGAGAUAAAGAGCUAUGCCAUGGACCAAACACCAACACUUGUAUCACCGUCUAUUCCAACGAGAGUAUAUAAUACGUAAAAUGCAACUUCAGAAUGCAAAGCGCAUAUCCUGAUGACAAUGCGGGGCUCGCGUCCUUUGUAAACAAUCUCAUCCGGUGUUGGGUAAACUUUGCAAAUAAUUUAGGCAAUAUAUGGAUCUUUGACCCAUUUCGUCCGUAUAAACGCCACACCUUAAGGGUAUUUUAAGGCUAUGAUUACAGCAAUAUUCCUUAUGCAAGAAAAACUUGCAUUUUAUGUUAGUAAUAAGACACUUUUCAUCUUCGUUAAAAUCACUAAAAUUAUUGUCCGUUUAUUCGCGUGAGAGAAAAACGUAAAUUGAGUUUCUGAAAUUCAUUUAAAAAGCAAAAGUGCAAAAAAGCAAGGUUUAAUAUCAUAACAUACGCGGUAUACGAAGUAUUUGUAUCUCAUGACUUUGUAUGGUAAAAAUAACAAAUUAUCAUUUUAAACAGAAAUAUUUUCACCGCGACUUAGCUAAUGUUUAAUUUUCUGUUCAGUGACAAUUAAAGUCAAAAUUGAAUAAUUAAUAUUUUGUUCAACGAAGGAAAGCGAGGAAACGAGAGGAUAACAAUGACACUUUUACAUAUACGUAUAAAAAAAAAGAAGAACAAAUGAUAUCUUUAUUAUGCAGAUCGUCGCAUAUUUUUUUAUCUUCAUAGAGCGUUUCACUCAAUCCUAUGAACACAAUUUAGCACUACCGGUCGGAAAAUCCCAGGUCAAUACGUAUACACACCCUAUCUCACUCCUGAGGAAAGAGACGAGGGGAGAAGGAAGUAGAAAAGUGAGACAGAGAAAUGAACGAAAAGAAAUGAGGUGAAAUAACGUAAGGCAUAUAGAGUAAUCGAUGAACUUCACUUUGUCAUCGCACGAAAAUGAUUUUAAAAUGACCUACUAAAACACAUACACACACUUGCACACACGUGCGUGCGUGCGCGCGCUCACACACACAUACACCCCACAGACACACAUCAUAAAAGCAAUCGGCUGUAGUCAAUUUUGUACGGAUGUUAUUUUCGGGACUAAAUAUAAUAAUAUAUCAAAGAUGGGUGGUAGUCGGUAGUAGAAAAUGUAAUAAUAUACGAUUUAACUGAUUGUACGUCGAGAAUUAGCAGAGUAAUUAUCGUUCUCAUUAAUCCUCUCACGUUCGGACGAGAAGAAAAAUCAAAGAAUUAGCAAAAAGUGAGUCCUUCGGACGAAGAGACUUGCCGUUUCCGGUGUGAAAUAAUUCCGUUUGUCCUAGUAAUUUAUUAUACAUAAAUUGAAAUGAGAGAUUUAACGUGUGUUUCAGCUCUUUAAAUAGAAAUUGGUCGAAUUAUACAAUCGCAUCAUUAUAUGAUCUGUGUCCAACAUAUACAGUGUACGUCCAGCGCCUUUGUUAAAAAAAUUUUUUUUUCACGCGUGGGAUGUGUAACGCGUGGGAGGAUUAAAGGCACUUUUUCUAGCGUAAUUCAAUGUACAAUAUUUCGCGUAAGUAUGCAUUGAGUGACUUGAGGCUUUUGUGUUCGUACGUUGAAUACGUUUUGUAUAGCGCGGUACUCCGUUUCUUCGAGAUAGCAAGUAAACCCGCAGGAAUCUACGGAGGCGGAGAAUUUCUCGGGAAGUCCAAGCAUGUUGUGCUGAUUUUGUAAUUGCAACGCAUCCAACUUGGAAAUAUGGUUCCUGGACGCAUUCCACCCAGUACCGUCGAAAUUACUCGAAGUGUGCAACGUAUAAUUCGAAUAUUCAAUAACAAUAUUCCAGCUGUGGUAAUUAUUCCAAAAUGGGAUUUCCCGAGUAUCCGCAUGCUUGAAUUGCGAAUAUCCGGGUCGAUAAUAAUUCCGUUAUUCCAGCAAACACAGCAAACUCUUAUAAUAACAAUCAGCUGUCCGACGUAUAAAUUUCGAAAGCUAUUGCAAAUUAGAACUAAAUCAAAUUGCGAUUACAAUUCGUAAUUGAAUAUCCGAUCUAGUUUUCUCAGAUUGAGAUUAAGUAUCCUAAAAGACAGCCAACUUACUGCUCGAUAAUUGUUUUAAUCAGUAAAUAGUUGGAAUUCGUCCCGAUCGCAUAAAGCUUGGAAUAACUAAUUAUGCGGUUGCCCUUUGAGAAUUCGAGUAUUCGAUGGCAAAUCUGAUUCUAACAGCAACGUACGAUAGUAGACCGAAGCUUUAAUUAAUUAGCGCUUGCCUUCGCACCUGCCGUUUCAAACUUUCAAUCGUACGUUUUUCAUUCGAAGAUCAAAAACAAAAAAGAAAAGUUUCAUAUCCAUUAUAUACAUAUAUAUAUAUACAUAUAUAUAUAUAAGAACAAGCGACCCUUCAAUGAAGCAUGAAUGAGAGUCCUUGCGAGAAAAUGAAUGUGAUUUUUUGUUCUAACGUUCUAAUGUGCUGUAUCGAAUUAGAACGAGAAACUGUCACUUUAUGAGUUGCAACAGUUUCAUUUGCGAGUCGGAGCAACUUCUGCAGAGACGGAAUCGGUCGAUAAAUCAAAUACUUUUAAUUGUUUCCUUCCUGCAGAACUUGGUCCGGAUUUAUUUACAGCAAAUUAAGAGUUCUCCAAAUUCUUUUAGGAAAUUUUUAAGAAAUGUUUAUAAUUUUAACUACGCAAAAGCAAUUUUAACUACGCAAACGCAAUAUGUUGGAUAUUUAACGUGACAAACGUCUAUAUUUAAAUGAAAUUAGCAAAUGGUACAUAUUAUUUCUGAUAAUAUGGGCUAAUUGCUUCUCUGAUUACUGUUGCCUAAGAAAUUUUAUGUCAUGUCUUUAUUUACUAAAAUAAAGCGCAGUUGCGUUGAAGCAACUGGUCUUGAAACGCGUGACAGCAUCAAUUUAAAAAGUUCCGCGAACUAUCGCUAAUAGAAUAUGGCGUUUCUUCAUUGAAAGAACUGAAUCAAAGUCGAUUGGAAAAACUUAGAUUGGAAAAACGGCGUCGCUUUUACCGAUAAGAUUAUCUGACGAUAAUUAAACAUGGUGCGAUUUCUACUCGACUAUCAGAUAUAUUGAUCUGAUCUGAUCGAGUGUAAUUGAAAUGCAUCUGAAUGAAAUUUUUGAGAAGAGAAAAUCGUCGCUAUUAUUUCAUCAAAUUUCUGUUCUUUUAAUAAAUUGUGCUAUAAUGUUUUCAAUUAUUUAAUAUAACAUUCUCCAACUAAACUUAUUAAUGUUUCUUUAACGUUUUGAACGAUGUAUGGACAAAUAAUAACUAAAUUUAUGUCAACGAUAUUAAAAUCAGAAAUGAUUUAAAAAGCAAGUAAAAUUUCUGUAGAAGCAAGCAAAAUAAGUUGCAGUUUAUCAAUUUAUUUUAAACACAGUUUUCUGUUUAUUUACUCUCAUUAUAACUUUUUAAUUAAAAUAAACUGGGGAGGCUCGCAAAGAGAUCGAACUCAUAAGAUAAUCAUAACUAAUGCCAUGAAGUAAAAUAAAUAAUUUAUUAUUAUGAUUUAUUAUUUAUUAGACUCCACGAUUCAUUAACUAUGUUUAUCUUGUGUAAUUUUUUUAUUGAAUAAGUUGUGGGAUGAAAAGAAUAUCUGAUAUAGUUAAAUAACAUAGAAAUAUGACGACUCCUUAAAUUAUACUCUCUCUCGUACAAAAACUUUACGUACACAAAUUGUACGUACGUAAAGGACGCCGUUUUUUCUGAGCACGUUUUUUAAUUUUCAGAUUUAAUUCGAGUCGGUGUACCUUUCGUAGGAAGAAGAGACGGGCACGUAAAAAAAAUCAGUCUCGAAUUCGCUUUUAGAACGUCACAGCCGACAAAAGUUACUAUUUAUCUCGUUUAUAAAAGAAAAGGAUAAAUGCACACACAAUCGGACGUUCGCACUUGAUUUCGAGCACCGUACAAGCACCUAUACAUCGAAGUUGUUUUUUUAUUAUUUUCAGUGUAUACAGGAUGAGCUGUUUAAACGAGAAUACGGAGAUUGAGUGGAAACGUUACGGGCGAAAUAGAAAAUUAAGAAGAAAUUCAUGGAAAGGAGUACAAUCGAAACUCCAAUUAGAUAAAGAAGCGCGGAUUCUCCACGUUCUCGUAAAAGUGGCUCUUGCCCUGCGUCCCUCGAUGUAAUCCUGCGCGAAAAUAGUUUACCAGAAGUUUCUACGAAUUUCAACCCUUUCGCCAGUUUCGUUUGUGUGCCGGAGACAUUCGAGAACGAAUGAAUAAAUUUCCACGCUCCGCGAAUUUACCGCAGUUUGCACAAGAUGAUCAAUUUGCACAAUUUACUUGUAUUUAGAAUAUAAUAUAAAGCGCGAGGUUAAAACGUGAGGUUUAAGGACGAUUUUAAAAAUCUCCUACAAUUAGAGCGACGACGAUAAAUCAAUACGAAUUUUCGCGAGUUAUCUGUAAGUCAUGAAUAAUGCAAUUUUUAUCCGUUGUUUAUAUAAUACCAUACCGUGCAAAGCACUUUGAUUAACAAGUCUUACAAAUCUCACUACAUCUUCAUUUUAUUUACCGACACUUACCAAUUCGGACGCGCAUGUAAUCGCUUACUUGCCGGGGGCUUAGCGAAAGGGUUGAGGCGCGAUCACAGAAAACGUUCAAAGGGGAAAGAUUUUUUUUUAGCGGCACAGAAUGAUAUUCGACGAUUAAGCACGUGUAAUAAGGCUGACGCGCGCGCGUACUUUUCACAUCAUAUCCACUAAAUCUAAAGCAAAUCGCUGGAUAUCACACCUCAAGACAAAACGGGAGAAUUGAGAAGAGAGCGGGAAGAAGCACUAUAUUGAAAAAAAAGGGGGAAAAAUAUCAAUACAUAUUAAUAUAUAAUAGAUAUUAUAUUAUUACUGAAUAUUAUAUUAAUAUAUGAUGCUAUAUAUAUAUUAACUAUUUCUAUUAUGUCCGUCUGCAAAGUCUAUUAGAAGAGUCUAUCCUGUCGACCUAUUCUUACGACCCAUGUGGAUCUCCUCGGAUAUCUAUGUACAUACAUGCGCGCGUGCGCGCGUGUCGACGAGCGCGCGAUUAUCGCGAGGCGAUGUAUCUCCUUCGAAACACACAUACGCACACGCAUUCACAUGCACACACACAUACACACACACACACACGCCCUCGGAGAUCCGCAAAUUUUGCGCAAAUUACGCGCGCGUUCGACGACACGAGCGUUUACGCGCGCGUAACGAGACUCGCCGGGCGGCCGAAGCCCUCGGUCCUCGCGAGCCUCCCGUCCUCGUUUCAGACGAUCAAUGUGUAAGAUCUUCAUCGUUAAAUGUUCGUGAGACGCUCGUGGCAAUAAAGAUAAGGAACGCUACGUUCGCGAUCGUUUGCGAUCUCUCGCUUCAGUCCUCUCCGGCACUUGUCGUGGGCGCGUCGACGCCCGCGUACGAAUUGCGGAAACGUAUUGUGGAUUAAUCUUGGACAGACGAUGUGACGAGUGUAAAAAGGCACCGCUCGCUUCAUUCCUAUGAAAAUGCCGUUAUUUUAUCUACGCAAACCAUCGCCGAGUGACUGCAGUUAGGAUUAAAUUAACUUAUUGUUAGUUAUUCGCGAAAGUAGAAUAACGGCAUCUUCAACGAUGUUCCCUUUGAUUUUCGAUUAGCUAAGAGAAUGUGUCACAAUGCAAAUUUCCUGCAAUUAAAUACGAUGUAAACUAAAUAAUACGAAAAGAUCGUAUUUCUAAUGAAACGAAAAUAAUUGAACGACCAUGCCGCAAAAUUUCGGAAAUCAAUAUCGAAUCGCACGGCGAUGUAAAGCUGAAUUUUCGCAAAGUUGAUACACGCGACUUUCAUGUAAAAUGUAAAUGCCACCGCUCCUCGUCCCUCCAAAAAUUGUCGUGGAGAAAUAAUCGCAAGUGCUUUCAUAUAAUAUCUUUUUAUAUCACUUUUCUGCGCCGAUUCUGCGGUAACUCCGUUAAGCAGGAGACACGCGCAAAAGCUUAAUCAGUCAGACUUACGACUUGAGAAUCUCAACCAAUCGGAAUUUUCAGCGUUGCUUUCAAGUUUCGUUCAAGUUUCAAAACGGCUGCUUACAUUCUUUGCUCUCAUUGGUCACUUUCCUCAAGUCUUCAGUCUUACCGCUCAAGUGUUUUCGCGUGUUUGAGCCUUUACCCGUUAAGAAUAACAAAAUAAGCGAUAAAUAAUAAUCGCGCAUGUGAGCUUCAUCGUGAGAUCUACGUGAGUUUUAUUACCCGUGUCCAGGAUUAAUGGAACAAUCUUCCUGUAGUGCGAUUGUUAUUGCUCGCACGAUAUAUCACAAGUGUAGCGAUCACACGACCGAGAAUCGAUACUCUAUCAAUCUGCGUGUGCCGAGGUGCGUUAUCGCGCGUGAACGUCGACGUUUCGCGACACCGGCCCGUGUAUGGCGCGUGAUACGACUAAUGAUUUAUUUCGAGGGUGUUCGGUUAGUACCACCUCCCCCCCCCCCACUCCCCUCCUUCACCUGGCUCUGCGAUUUGAAACGGAAAAUUGCGGGGACCCGCGUGCCGUUUUACCGGGCGACCGAUUCGCAUCGACGAAUUUUAUACGUGUGUGAUUUACAUAAGCCCGAAAUUGAGUUGUACACGAUGGCGCACAUCGGUCGGCGCGGCACGAUUAUUUAAUGGAUUGUGUACGUAUACGUUUGAACACGCAGCGGUUAAAUUCAUAUGAACUAUGAGCAAAUGUGUGUGUCUCAGCCCAUGUUGUCAAAGCAUCAAUAAAAAGAAACAAAGAGAUUUUAUAAACCGUG